CGACAGGCGAGCAUGCGAGCGCUCGGUAUCGCGAUAGUCGUUGGCACCGCCUACAGCCGCAGUACUGCGGUUGUGUCUCUGGUCGAGUGGAACAUCUCAGCGCUCAACGGCCUCUGCGCCUACGAUCGCCUUCAAGUCCAGGCGUCCUGGACAAUUGAGGCUAUGUACGAGCCCACCGAGACGGCCUUCAUAGGGCUUGUGCACGCGGCGACCGAUGAACUCAUUCGUGGCUCGGACGUCGAGCUGCAUGCUGUGCGAACCAGCGAUAAUGACUUAAAGCGCAGUCCGCGAGGGCUUCGCUGCGAGGUCGACCCGGCCAUGUGCCAACCCGACGUGACGACACUCGUUGUCCCCAACCGACCCGACGGAGCGCUACAAGUCGGCGACGAGCUCGAACUUGCGUUUUCCGACGACACGAACGAGCCGCCGGUGGCGACCAAGGCCGAUCUCGAAGCGAUCUUGGACUUCCCAAAUGACUUUGGCUCCACCGUCGCGGGGACCUGGGUCACGCCGCGGCUGCUACGCAUCGAGAUUCUCGUCGCGCCAGUCGACGACGUCUAUAUCCGCGAUAUCCAGCGCUCUCCCAGCGUCAAAGCCUUUCCCACCGAGUACAACGCGCUGGAAGCGUGGACGUAUAGCAGUGUGCCCGUGACCUUUCGUGUGGGCGUUUCCGGCGACUACCGCCUUGUACUGCGGCUUGGCGACCACUCAUUGCUCCCGCACGCGUCCUACGUCGUCUCAAUUGAUGACGACGCGCAUUGUGCGACAGACAAAGUUCUGCACACUCUCGUCCUCGACGCGGCGGCGACAGUUCGCUCACCGUCGUAUGUCAUUCCCGGCAUCCUCGCGCUCGACGGGGACCACUCGGCGACGAUCCCGCACACGUCGACUGUGACCUCUAGUACUGGCUCCUGGUCGAUUCUGAUGUGGGUGUACUUGACCAAAAGAGCCACUGAGGUGCACCAAACGCUGCUGUACAAGGGCUCGGGCAAUGACGACCACCGGACGCCGUCCAUGUGGCUCAAUCCGCACGACCAGACGCUCAUGCUCAGCGUGAGCUCGCGCGACGACAUGUUUGCGUCCGUCUCGAGCGCAUCGGCGCUGCCACUCAGCCGGUGGACGCUUCUUGGCGUCGCGUUGGCCAACCACAGCGCCGACAGCUUUGACGUGACCCUCACAAUCAACGGCCGCGUCGACGCAAGCAUACGCGGUAAUAACGCGACACUGCUUCCGAAUGCCGGCAACGUGUACGUCGGCGGAUGCCCUUGGGUCCGCGGCAUCCAAGGCUUUGUCAGUGACGUCCGCCUCUACGACGACGCCAUGUCUGCGAUGGACAUCGGACGGCUCUUUUCGUCCGAGCAAGCGAUGUACUUUGGGCGUGGCCGCCCGGCGCAGCUUGGGCAGCUGAUCGCUGACUCUACGACCUCAGCGAUGACGGGCACCGAGCUCGUGGGAGCCUCGAUCGAUGCGUCCGACAUGAAUGCCCUUCUCGAAUCUGGCUCGUCGUACCUUUUCGGUCAACGCUACGAUGGUGCAGAGUAUGUCGCAGCUGCACAAGACAGGGAAACCGCCGUCGAGCUCUUCACGUCGGCCUUGCAGCGCGGCGACUGGCGGGCCGCGCGGUAUUUGGGACUCGUUGCCUCGACGUCACACCCAGAGGAUGCUCUCUUGCUGUAUCAUGUGGCUGCCAUGGCGGGGGACUACACGGCCAUGGCGAUCUUGGCGCGCAAGUACCAACAAGCAACGGAUGCCGAGACGGCGGCACACUACUACAGCUGGGCGGGGGCCGAGGCGCAUCGGCAAUACCAUCGUCGUGGCCACGAACCACUGCAUGAAAUGAACUCGCUCUUCCACGCCGACGACGUCGAUGUGACGCUGGGCCAAGCAGGUGACGACGACGCUUGGAUCCAAUAUCAAAAAAUGCGCGCCGACGUCGAAGGCGACCUGGAAGCAAUGACGGCGAUGGGCGAUCUCUACUACUGGGGGGCCCGCGGCUGCGUCCGCGACCACGCCCGCGCAUUUAGUUACUUUCGGCGCGCUGCCGACGCCGGUCAUGUCGUCGCCAUGUCGGCGGCGGGCGGCAUGCUCCUCAAGGGCGAAGGCGUCGACCAAAACAACGUCACAGCGAUCGCGUACUAUGAAAAAGCGGCGGUCGCCCACAACGUGCGGGCUCUCAACGGGCUUGGUUACAUUCACUUUUACGGCUCGGCCAACGUCACCCAAAACCUGACGCAAGGGUUAGCGUACUUUGAAGCGGCGGCGCAGCUGCAGUCGGACGGCGACAGUCUCUUCAACACGGGGUAUUGUUACCUGCAAGGCCUCGGCACCGAUGUGAAUACGACGCGCGCGCUCGAGUACCUCACGGUGGCCGCGCGGUCGUUUGGUCACUUUGACGCUGUGCACGAGCUUGGCACUGUUUACCUCGGUGUUCGACCGACGGGCAACGACCACCGGCGUCUUGCAGCGGCGAUGCCCUACCUCCAGGCAACGACCGACGCUGGGCCAUGGGGAAAGAGUGCCCGCCUUGGCUUUGAUCUCUACCGUCGGCGCGAGGUGCAAGGCGCCAUCUGGCGCUACCACGAAGCGCAUGAGCUCGGCUACCCGGUUGCAGCGGGGAACCUCGCCUACUUGUAUGGUCUUGUUGGCGGCGACCACGCGCCGUAUCUCCUCCAAGCCACCGAAGUCGAGGCGUCGCUCCGACUCGGCGAUUGCUACUACUACGGCAAGGGCGGCGUGGCGAAAGAUGUCCGAAAAGCACUGGCCUACUACGUCCAAGCGAGCUCCGAUGGACUUAGCAUCGGGGCGUACAACGCUGGGUUUCUAUACGAGCACGGCGACCAAGGCGUUGCUGCCGACACCAACCGCGCCGAACGCUACUACAAACGCGCUCUCGAACUCUCCCCGUCGCCCGAGACAUACCUCGUCGUGUACUUGUCGCUGGCUCGCAUGUCGCUCGGGCUCACUUCGUGGUCGACCUCCCGCCUCGUGCCAGUCAUCGACAACGACGCGUCAACGAUCGAUACAGCGCCAUUUUGCACCGUGGCAACGGCUCUCACGGCGGCAACGGUGGUCGGCUUGACCAUGCAUUAUUGGCGUCGGUCAUAAGUUUGCAAAAAAUGUGAUGCUGAUUGUGGGA